AUGAGCAAGAAGGGAGGCGCGCAGGUUAAGCGCUUUAUUCAGGAGAAUACGACUAAGCCCGAUGCCCAAGCAGGAGAAGACAAGUGGUCGGCCAGCGAGGGCGGCAGUGUCUUGAGCUGGCUGGCGCAACGCGCACCACAGCAGCCGUCGAGGGGAGCGAUCGACUACCUUAGCAAGGUCCAGCCAGCGGAAAAGUCGGCGUCUGGAAACCAAACGUCGCUGCCCAAGCCGCGCUCGCAACAGCAGCAGCAGCAACAAGCGGAUACGGCGGCGGUGGAGAAACUAGCCCAGCUGUUUCCCGAUAAGCAGACGGGUGCGACGAAUGAGCAGCACGUUAGAGCGGGGGACACAGCUGUCGACGUGGGAGCAGAGCAGCAACAGCUGCAGCAGGCGACUGCCACUCGUUCACAUCGUGGACGCAACCGCCGCGAGACCAAGGAGGAGCGUCUUAGGCGUCGCUUUGAGAAAAUGGCGGAGGAGGCACAGAAGCGGCACGAGGAGGCACUGAGGACUGACCCAGAGUACAUGAAAAAGUACCAAACGCUCCAAGAGCUGCAGGUGGCACAGCAGGUGGCACAGGAUAUUUUCGUUGAGCGGUACAGCCACCAGGAAUAUGUUAAUAUCAGCAGCGCUGUGAGCGAACGCCUAGACAUUCCCGUCAUUCUUGAACUCAUUGAGAAGCACGAUGUUGUCUUCAUCUGCACCGAUACCGGCAGCGGGAAGAGCACAUCGAUUCCAAAGGCUCUGCUGGAGCUGUCCAACGACACACGUGUCGUCAGCACACAGCCCCGCCGUACGGCCACCGUCUCCAUCGCGUCACGGGUGGCAGAGUUGCGGCGCGAGAAUGUAGGCGAGGAUGUAGGCUACUGGAUACGCGGCGACAAACGGGGCGAUGACCAAACGCGUCUGUGGUACAUGACGAGCUAUACACUGCUGCUGCACCUUCUCAACAACCCGCUGAAUCCGCCCUUCACACAUAUUGUGCUUGACGAGUUCCACGAGCGGCAGCCUGACAUUGAGGUGACGGUCGCGCUUCUGCGCCUCUGCCUUUUGAAGGGGACAGCGAAGUUCAAACUCAUCCUCAUGAGCGCCACGCUCAAUACUGAGGACUGGGAAGACUACUUCAAGAAUCUCAAGGUGGCGUCAUAUAAGCAGAGUGAGCCGGAGCACCCGAUUCACGACUACUUUAUGGAAGACAUAUGUGCAUUGACGGGGGUGGAGUACCGCGGUCCUUCGAACGUGCACGAGCACAUUGUGGACUUUUCACUCCUGGAGAAGCAUAUGUUUGUGGCGCAGGGUCUUCUCUUGUACCUCAAUGCGUACACUGACCCGCAACACGCCGUGCUGGUGUUCCUGCCUGGCCGCGCGCAGGUGGAGCAGUUUCAGAUGUGGUUGCAGACAAACAUGAGAAAGCCGGUGGACGUUGUGCCGUGGCAUAGCGCCGUGGAUCUUUCCAUCAUUGAAGAUGCGAUUCGUCGCCGUUCGCCGUACCGUCAGAAGAUCUACCUGGCUACAGACAUCGCAGAGGUGUCGAUUACGUUGCCUGACGUUGUGUUUGUGAUUGAUCUCGUGGUGGUGAAGCGUCCCAAGAUAAACAAGAAUGAUACGGCGACGGUGCUGCACCCACCGCUGGUGACGCAGUGGAUCUCGAAAGGCAGCGUUGCGCAGCGUCGGGGCCGGAUUGGCCGCGUGCAGCAGGGCUUCUACUUUUGCAUACUGCCGUCUGCUUCAGUGGCGGGCCUUCCUGACCACGCUGACCCGCCCAUUGAGAACUCCCGCAUUGACGAACUCUCCUUGCACUGCUUGCAGCUCGUGUCAAACCCUGUCGCGAUUUUCAGUAUCUGCCAUGGGCAGCCUCUGGUGGAGACCAUCUCGGCCUCGAUGCAGACCUUGUCGCAGCUUGGCUGCAUCGUGAACAGCAGGGACCCUCUCGCAGCUGGUGAGCGCAUCGCGGAGAUACACUCCAACAGCGAGUGGAGCCCGCUGGUGCUCGAGGAGGCCAAGAACGCCGUGCUUGCGGAGAUCGACACUUAUGAGUACACCUUUAUUGGCCGCAUUCUACAGCUCAUUCCAGUCUCGCCGCAGCCCGGCAUGCUGGUGUUCUACGGCUUCCUGACAGGACUUGAGUCACUGAUGAUUCUCGCCGCUGCGGUGACAAGUAGCCUCUCGCCGUUUACAUCCACCCCGCUGGACCAGAAACGGCACAAGAGGCAGACAGCGGUGCGAGCCAUGGAGGAGACAGAGAAUGAGAUGCGCGACAUGUGCUGUGGCCUUCGCAGUGAUAUUGUGGCGGUGAUGAAGGCGGUGCUGCGUUUCCGCGUCUGCCUCGGCGAGUGUGGCGAUGACGUGGCGCCUGUGCGGCAGUGGUGCGUCGACCACCACCUGAGCCACGACAAGCUGAAGGGCAUCCUGGACCUCGAACAGCACAUCAAGUACGAGCUAGCAAACUUCAUUCCGUUCCGCGACGUGGUCGAUGAGCAGGAGCUUCUCGCUCAGCUGGAGAAGGUGGCGCCCAUCGUGCUUGUCAUGACAAACGUCGCCUUCGUUGCCCAAUCGCUUGAGGUGACGACGGAGGGCAACACGUACACGAACUCCAAGGAGUCCGCUGCUGGGCUUUUCAGCGACAUCGUCGCGGUACCGGACAUCCACUCUCCCAGCUGUCUGCGCUGGCAGGAGGGCGACAUCGUGGUGCCGGUGCAGGUUUCGCUCAUCCCGAACAGGGCGCUCGCCAGCUUCUCCACAGCCAUCGCGUCGCACAAGCAGUUCUGGCUCUCUCUGCUAUUGCUGACACACCGCCUGAAGUACGCGACAUUCGCCGAUGAAGACGGCGCCUUCUGCGUCUUCGCGGUGAAGUACUACGACACGGAGCGCUACCUGGAGACAGACGCACAGACAGGCUACUCGGUGCUGCUCUUCCGACAGCAGCUCAGUAGCGUGUGCCAGACUCUGCGGCUGCUGCAUGACCAUCAAGACAUGUACGACGAUGAUUUUGUGGAGUUGCUGAAGCGGCAUGAACUCAAGCCGCUACAGGCGGCGCAGCGCGAGGUCAUCACGACAAUGGCUGCCUUUUUUAACAAUACAGACAACAUCACGGUUGACGCUGUUGUACACGACGACGACGACCUGGAUGAGGUUUCUAUGAUCAGCCUGGCGCUGCCAAAACCGAAGGAUGCCUGA